ACUCAUAGGUUGUAACGUAAGGGUAGUUUGUUCAUUUCACAACUCACAUGUACCAUGAUUCAUGUAAUGCCAACCUAGAAAUUCUCAUCAACUGUCCUCUCUGGCUCCCACUUCCAAUCAUAGUGUUCAAAAUAUGUACUACAAUAAAAAUAAACCCUGUUAAAACCUCAUGUACCAAACAAAGGUGUCUCUCUAUCAUCUCUAUUAGCUAUGGCACUCAGAAUGAGAUUUAGAUCUUUUGAAGCUGCUAUUGUUGUUGUUGUUCUUGUUCCACUCUUACUCUCAGUGACAGUGGCAGCUGCAUAUUCUUCUUCAAUUCAUGAGCUGCUCCGCAACUAUGGCUUGCCGGCGGGGCUCUUCCCGGAGACGGUUAAGUCAUACAAUUUGGACCAAACGGGUGUUUUGGAGGUGAAGCUGGAUCAACCCUGCAUGACCAAGUAUGAUACUAGAAUGUUGUUUGAAACUGUGGUUCGGGCUAACCUCAGUUUUGGUCAGCUUAAGGGGUUGGAGGGUUUGUCUCAAGAAGAGCUUUUUCUAUGGCUGCCUGUGAAGGGUAUCAUUGUGAAUGAUCCAUCAUCAGGUCUCAUUCUCAUUGAUAUUGGUCUUGCCUAUAAGCAGCUCUCUCUGUCUCUCUUUGAAGUUCCCCCAAUUUGCAGAUCCCAAGGUCUUUCAAGGAAUAUUGAAGGAAGGAAGAGCUUUGGAUUUCAAGAUCUAAGAUAAAAGUUUGUUUAGUUGAAAAGAUGGUCUCUUCUUUCUCUUUCCAAUUUUGUUUUUUUCUCUCUUUCUUUUUAAGAUAUGAGUAUGUGUCAAUGUGAUGUAAUGUGCAUAUAAUAGAUACUGAGAGGCUUGUGACUAAACUGGGAAUCAGUUGAGGGUGGAAAAAGGAACUGAUAGAGGUGUUUAUUGUAAAAAAUGUUUUACCAAUUUUGUGUGCAACUAUUUUCUGAUGUUCAAGGUAUCUUAUCACAUCAUUUCUUUC